UCGUGUUUUAUCGUUUGUUCCGAUUUGCAGACAAGGAUGAAGGUUGUCGCUGCUUUUCUCCUCGCGAAACUAGGUGGAAACGAGAGCCCAACCAAAGAUGAUUUGAAGAACAUCUUCGAGUCCGUUGGCGCUGAGUUCGACGAGGUGAAGACAGAUCUGUUCUUUUCCCUGGUGAAGGAUCACGACUUGACGGAGCUGAUCGCGGCUGGGAGGGAGAAGAUGGCGGCACUCUCAUCCGGUGGUGCAGCUGUUGCUAUGGUUGCAGGAGCUAGAGGAAACGCUCCUUCCGCGGCUGAGCCAGUGGCUGAUUCCAAGAAGGUUGAGGAAGAGAAAGAGGAAUCUGAUGAUGGUGAAGGCAUGAUGAGUCUCUUUGAUUGAUUCAGUUUGUGAUCUUAUCUGAUUAAGUACUAUGGUCUCGUAUGGUUUAAAAGUUUUAAUUUCUAGGGGGUUUUGUUGGAUUCUGUGGAUUAUUCAGUGUUUAAGACCUUUAAAUAUAAUGUGCAUGGACCUUUCUUAUGCUCCUUAGUCAUGCUUAUGAUUCGAGUACGAAAUUAGUUCUGAAUGCUAUUAAUUGUGACUUUGAUAAAUCAUGUCAAAAGUUGUUUAUGGUCCCAAAUCAAACAUUGAGUAGUUAAGUUUAGUUCUUUAGUUUAGGGAUAAUUACUAAGACCUUAUUCGAUCAAAUCUUCUCUAUGAGUUUAUGUACAGUGUGUGGAGUGAGAAGUUGAUUUUAACUUUUCAUUUAAGUACGUACCAAAAGAGAUAAAUUGGUUCCUUAGUUAAAUGUGUAACAAAGAAAUGAUUAACCAAAUUAAAGAGCUCUAAAUUGAGUAAUAUAUAGACAACCUGACAGCUGAGUGUUUAGGAUGUUUAUCUUGUUAGUAUACAUAAUCAUUCUGAAGAGAACUGUCAUCUUAAUCUGUCAAGUAUUCGAUUUUGAAAGUUGCACUUGAAACAAUCAACAUGUAUAUUACAAGUCCUUGAUACGGGCACUGGUUUCAUGUAGUUUGUGAUAGAACCUCUCAAUCUUAGGAAGUUAUGAAACAACCACUAAUUAACCAGUUUUCUCCUCACUACCACUUAAGCUUUAUCGCAUUAAUCUCAAAACUGUGAGAGUUAUACUCUAGUUUCUGCCUUUACUGCCGAAUUUGAAGGUAUCAUGGAAAGGCUCAAGAUUUUUACAAAUUGUCUAUUUUAUGUACUGGUUUAGUUUGGUUCGGA